GUUUACUCUAUGAAUACCGAAAGCCAGCCGCUCAGAUCCGUUCCGAAUCUUUCAUCCCAUAGUCUCCAGUAGAAAUGCAAUAAGGCGUGAGGCUCUCCUUCCUCUUCCUUUUCUUUACAGAACACAUGUUGCCCGGUUCAUCGUCUCGCUGGAUACGGCCGAACUCGGAUCUCAGUAUUAAUGUCCUCCAAGCUUGCUCACACAAGGAGCCGUCACGAGAUUGUGGCCCAGUGACACUGUAUGACUUGACUGGCACCAAGUUGAUAAGCCAAGUCUAAUUCCCAGGCGAAGACAAGGAACCCAGCAGAUUGGAAGAGACGGAGAGGGAAAAGACAAUAGAGUGAAGAAAAUGAAACUCAAAUCCCUCCUCGCUGUGCUCUCACUGGCAGGUAUCAACCUGAACCUGCUAGCGACGGCAACACCAAUAUCUUGCUCCGACGUGCGUCGCCCCCCACCCAAGCUAAUACCGGAAAGCAACCGUGACAAACUCCAAACUAACCCAAGGGCUGCACAGCUAAAACGCGACCUCAUUCUCAAAGGCGAGCUUCCCAAGGAAGCCUGUUGCAGCUACGGCCGCUGCCUGGGCGACGUGGUGAUUGCCAUGGCCUGAACUCGACGGCAGACCUGAGUU